AGAGUACAGUAUACAGAGAACUUAAAAGAGAUGUUCUAAAGGGGAUAUUAUAAAGGCAGAGCAAAUAGGUCAGAACUGCAUUCGAGGUCCUGUUCGCGGUCCUGUGUGGUCGUGUUGAAGAGCACUUGAUAAAGUUAUCCACGCGCAACGGAAAGCAUGUCUACGGAGAAAGGGCAGAAAAACUUAUGGCCACAGCAUCCUCCAUUCAACAGUCCAAUGGCAGGCGGCGACGCCACGUCAGGGCGGACCCAGCAGUCCGACUCCAGACUACUUUUGACUCGACGUGGUGGAGGCAAUUCGGAGAGCUGGACGCUGUCUGGAAUUUCAGGCGCACCGAGAGUGAGUAGCCUACCAGUUUCCUGUCAACUUCUUCACCAUCCAGAGUCCCCACCUUCUCUGACUGACCAUCCUCAGGUCAAUCACAGAAACAUGUCUGGAAAGGUACCAAAAGAGGAACUGGAGGAAAUGCGAGAGACGUUUGGGAAAAUUGAUCUGGACCACGACGGCUAUAUCAAAGAUUACGAGCUCAAUGAACUCCUUAAAGAGGCCGGCUAUCCUCAGCCGGGCUACAUGGUCCGAGAGAUUAUCCAUAAACUUGAUCGCAACAGGGAUUGUCAGAUCAGCUUCGAAGAGUUCUUGUCGAUUGUCCAGGAGCUGAAAGGCAGUGAAAUUGCAAAAACCUUUCGCAAGGCCAUUAACAGAAAAGAAGGCAUCACUGCCAUCGGAGGAACGUCAGAGUUGUCAAGUGAGGGAACACAGCACUCCUUCUCUGAGGAGGAGCGCUUUGCUUUCGCAAAGUGGAUCAACACCGCUCUGGAAAAAGAUGCCGACUGCCAACAUGUCCUGCCCAUGGAUCCCUCCACGGAUUCUCUGUUCACGUCUGUAGCAGACGGUAUCUUACUCUGCAAAAUGAUCAACCAGUCUGUGCCAGACACCAUUGAUGAGAGAACCAUAAACAAGAAGAAGCUGACACCGUUCACAAUACAGGAGAAUCUCAACUUGGCGCUGAACUCCGCUUCAGCCAUCGGCUGCCACGUUGUGAACAUUGGCGCUUUAGAUCUGAGAGCCGGCAAGCCCCAUCUGGUGCUGGGUCUAUUGUGGCAGAUCAUCAAGAUCGGAUUGUUUGCCGACAUCGAGCUCAGCAGAAAUGAAGCACUGGCAGCACUGCUGAGGGACGGUGAAACCUUGGAGGACUUGAUGAAGUUGUCUCCAGAAGAGCUGUUGCUGCGCUGGGCUAACUUCCACCUGGAGAAUGCCGGCUGGCAAAAGAUCAACAACUUCAACUCUGACAUCAAGGACUCAAAGGCCUACUUCCACCUCCUGAACCAGAUUGCACCAAAAGGCACUGAGGAAGACCAGCCCUACAUAGAUGUCAACAUGUCGGGUUUCAACGAGAGGGACGACUUGAGGAGGGCAGAAGCCAUGCUGCAGCAGGCCGACAAGCUCGGCUGCCGACAGUUUGUUACCCCGGCCGACGUCGUUAGCGGGAAUCCCAAACUCAAUCUGGCCUUUGUGGCCAAUCUGUUCAACAAAUAUCCUGCUCUGACCAAGCCUGAAAACACGGACAUUGACUGGAACAUGCUGGAAGAUGAAACACGAGAGGAACGGACAUUCCGAAACUGGAUGAACUCCCUGGGCGUCAACCCACAUGUCAAUCAUUUGUACUUAGACCUACAGGAUGCCUUGGUCAUCCUGCAGCUCUACGAGAAGAUUAGAGUGUACGUUGACUGGAACAACAAAGUCAACAGGCCGCCCUACCCCAAACUGGGGACCAACAUGAAGAAGUUGGAGAACUGCAACUACGCUGUGGAACUUGGCAAAGGGGCCAAGUUCUCCCUGGUCGGCAUCGGCGGGCAAGACUUGAAUGACGGCAACUCGACGCUGACCCUGGCACUGGUGUGGCAACUAAUGAGAAGGUACACGUUGAAUGUACUGGAGGGGCUGGGCGAAGGCCAGAAGGUAAAUGACGAUGUCAUCGUCAAGUGGGUCAACAAAAAAUUAUCAGAAGCUGGAAAGAGGACCAAGAUUUCAAGUUUUAAGGACAGAGAGAUCAGCAGCAGCUUGGCUGUGCUCGAGCUGAUUGACGCCAUCCAGCCUGGCAGCAUCAACAACGAGCUGAUUAAGACGGGCCACCUCUCUGAAGAGGACAAGCUGGAGAAUGCCAAAUAUGCCAUCUCCAUGGCGAGGAAAAUCGGAGCGCGUGUCUAUGCCCUCCCUGAGGACCUAGUGGAGGUCAAACCCAAAAUGGUGAUGACUGUGUUUGCGUGCCUGAUGGGUCGAGGGAUGAACCGAGUCUAAAGAGACUGGCUGUGGUCAUUGUGACACUUUAUGCCCCCCACAAGCCAUCAGCUUUUUGAAACAUCUCCCCCAUCCCCUCCCAACUCUCUGAAGGAAUGUUUUUUGGGUUUUUUUGAAAGAAAAUUGGAAUGAAAAGUGGUUAAAUUGAAUGUCUCUGCCUUUUUGGAUGAGCAGAGGUGCUUUUUGAAGGAAGAUGUGCUGUUCUGUUAUUUAAAUAUGACACAUUGAUAAAUUUCAAAUGGACCUUGUGUAACGACCGUGGACAACUUUCAAUAUUGCAGUACUCUUGAUAUAUGUAUUAUACGUUUUUCUUAAAGCAUCUAUGCAUAUUCCAGCUGAAAGGUUUACAUGUAUUUUUGCUGCCACCAAGAUGAGUAAAUGAUUGAUUUCUCAAUACAGUACUUGGAAUCCAAUCAGAACUGCAAGUGACAUGAGUUUUUGGUGGCGCACGCAUCAAACAGACCCGUCAUCGACAUAUCAGUAGUAACAGAAGCCAUUCAGGUCCAUCUGUAGUGAUGAGCACUCUGUAUAUGCUGUGUAUUUUUCUACUUUUGCGUGUUUUGUGGGACCAAUACAUGAGGUAAUAAUUCUAGUCAGAGCUGGGCUUCUGUUCUUAUUACUGUUAUAUUUUGUUAUUUGAAAUAAGGAGCAGGCUGACUGGACUUUCUGCUGUGCCUUCCUGUCUUAAAGACGACUUGUAGUACCAGAAAUUUUUUUUAGCUUUUGCCUUCUUUUGCAUUCAUUCAACCUUACCAAAUAUAAACCGCUACUACUAUGACAACAGCCAAAUUGUAUUUGGCCUUGUGGCCUUGUCUACUCCAAAGUGCUUCACUUGUAUCAAUAAAUGUCUUUGAAAAUUGU